GGCGCCGACCUCCUCGAGGGCGCCACCUUCACCCUGCAGCGAGGCCGCCGGUACGGCCUCAUCGGCCGGAACGGGAGCGGCAAGAGCACGCUGCUGCGCUCGCUCGCGUCGCGACAGCUCGGCGACAUCCCCGCGGCGCUGACCAUCCACUACGUCUCGCAGGCGCGGAGAUGCAGUCUUGGUAGAUGUGACGGCACGCCUCUCGAGUUGCUCUUCACACCUCGCCCUCUACACCUCGCCCUCUACACCUCGCCCUCUACACCUCGCCCUCUUCACACCUCCCCACGCCCCGCCCAGGUGCUCGAGCGGCUCGACCUCAUCGGCGCAGACGCGGCCGAGCAGCGCGCCCUCGCCCUGCUGCGCAACCUCGGCUUCUCGGCCGAGCUGCGAGCGAGGCCGAUGGCUGCUCUCUCGGGCGGGUGGAGGGUGAGGACCUGCCUCGCCGCCGCCAUCUUCGCCAAGCCCGACGUGCUGAUGCUCGACGAGCCGACCAACCACCUCUCGAUCGGCGCCGUACUCUGGCUCAUGCGCGAGCUCACCACCAGCCCCGCCUGGAGCGAGCGGAUCGUCGUCGUCGUCUCGCAUGACCGAGUCUUCCUCGACGCCGUCGCCACCGACGUCCUCCACCUCUCCGCAGCCGCACGCCGGCUGACCCAGUCGCACGGCAACUACGCUACGUGGGCAAAGCGGCGGGAGCAGCAGCAAAAGACCUUCGAGAGGGCGACCGCACUGCGCGCAGAGCAGGCGCCGCCACACACACCGCCCCGGCCAGCCCCCGCACCCCGCCCCGCCCUGACCGCCCCGCUGCCCUGCCGCGCGCGUCCACCGGCGGCGAGCUUCCCUCGCGCCUCAGGUCGCCAAGCUCAAGACGAGGACCACGAGCUGCCGCUCUCGCUCCAGGCGGGGGGGGAGAUCUCCGGCCCCCUGGUGCAGCUGCGCGGGGUCGCAUUCGGAUACUCGGCCGCGGGCGAGCAGCUCUUCUCGGGCGCCGAACUCGGGGUCGACGCGACUUCGCGGAUCGUGCUGCUCGGCGAGAACGGCAACGGAAAGACCACGCCCCUGCUGCUGGGCGACCUCGCCCCGACGGCAGGCGAGGUGGUGCGCAAUGGUGGUGCGCGGAUUGGGCUCGUCAACCAGCACCACGCCGACCAGAUCGACCUCACGCUCACGCCGCUCCAGUUCCUGAUGGACCGCUUCCCGGGCGACGGCUCGUACGCGCACGAGCAGGCGCUGCGCUCGCGCCGGCACGGUAGUCGCCAGCGUCCUCCUCCCCAAGCCGUGCCCUCCUCGGCGCUGAGCGGAGGGCAGCGCUCGCGUGUCGCCCUCGCCGCCGUCUCGUACGCAGCGCCGCACGUCCUCGUCCUCGACGAGCCGACAAACAACCUCGACCUCGAAUCGAUCGCCGCGCUGGCGGACUGCGUCACCGCCUUCAAGGGAGGCGUGGUGCUGGUGUCUCACGACCAGUAUUUUGUCUCGCGCGUCGCAAACGAGGUUUGGGUG